AUGGUGCCCCCAGGGUCCCUUACAGAAGCGGUGGCGCCCCAAGGGGCGUCGGUACCCUCAAGGGCCUUCCCAGGGGCCCUACCAGAGACGUCCUCUGCCUGGAGACCUAUGGCUUUUGGUCGUAGUGUCGGGCUCUUCUUAGGAGCAGCGAGGACCCCAGGGGCUCUCAGGGUCAGCGGUGCCCCCAGGGGUUCUCUCAGGUAUGGUGGCCCCCCCAAGGGCCUGCCAAGGGGUAACGCCGCCUCCAGGGGCCCGAUAAGGGGUAACGGUGACCCCAGGGGACCGCCAAGGGGUAACGUCGCCCAUAGGGGCUCUUCUUUGGAGCAGCGAGGACUCCAGGGGCUCUCAGGGUCAGCGGUGUGUCGCCCUAGGGGCUCUCCCAGGGAUGUCAGUGCAUCCAGGGGCCCUGCCACGGGUGGCGGCGCUAUCAGGGGCCCUGUUAGGAGCGGUGGCGCACCCAGGGGCUUCCCAGGUGCGGUGGCACCCACAGGGUCUCUCCCAGGGGCACCGGUGUCCCAAGAAGACCUCUCAGGUGUGGUGGCGCCCACAGGGGCACGCCAAGGGCUAAUGUCGCCCUUAGGGGACCGCCAAGGGGUAAUGUCGCCCCUAGGGGCCCGCCAAGGGGUAACGUCGCCCCCAGGGGCUCUUCUUCGGGGUUGCGAUGCACCCAGGGUCUCCCGUCAGGGUCAGCAGUGCCCCCAUGGGACCUUCCAGAGGCAAAGGUGCCCCAAGGGGCGGCGGGACUUUCAGAGGCUUUCCCAGGGGCCCUACCAGAGGCGUCCACUACCUGGAGACCUAUAG